CUGAGGUCUACUGGCAGCAUGAAGCCGUGUUCUGUGUAAAAUGGACCCUGUCGUCUUGUUCAUCGUUACUUUUGCUGUACUGCUGGAGGUCCAGUCGGCCAGGCACUUGGAUGUAUUUCUCAUUGCUCAUGGCAAGAGUGGAUUAUGUCUGUUCCCAGACAGCUUGGCAGUAUCAAUUGGGAAAUGCAAUGAAACCAAUCUCAUGCAGCACUGGACCUGGAACCAGAACCAUCAACUAGUGAAUCUCCAUACUUUUGACUGCCUAUGGGUUGACACCAACACUUCUUUCCCUCACCACACACGCCUGGCUAGGAUGAAGGAUUGCCAGACUGCUCCAGCAUGGACGUGCUAUGGGGAAAUGAGAUGGCUUCAGGUUUUAAACAGCUCUCUUUACCUCACAAAACAAGCCAGCAGAGUAAUUGCCAGACAAGAAAAGAAAUAUUCAAACUGGAUCAGAUAUGAAGUUACUUCAAGAAGAAAAAUGGACACUUUGUGUUCUUGGGAAGGCCCUGCUGGUUCAGAAACAACUGGAGCCUUUCUUUCUUUAGAUUCAGUUAUAAGAGACACAUCAGUCACCAACUCAACUAAUAAUUCUGCACCUAUAAACAGUCUAUUAGCCAAAGCUAGCACAAUAAGAAAUACUUCAGCAAAGACAAAUGCUGUCAUUGUGAGGUUCAGAGAAUCCACAAACAUUACUGCCUCAAAAGCUAUUGCUAGUUCAUCUCAAAACAUCAGUGUAACACAGAUUAAUCAAAUACAUAGUGUUCAAAGUACAGCACAGAAAAAUAGUUCUGUGUACACUACAAAUACAACAGUAGUACCCAGUGGAAAACAAACUAAGGAUCCAUUCAAACAAAUAACAGCAACAGUCCCUGGCAAAAACGAAUACAAAGCCAGCAAAGCACAGGUAAAUUAUACUCUACAGAAAAAUAAUAUAAUCCUUACAAAAAGCAUAACAGUAACUCCUGCCAUCAAAUUAGUUAAUGGGUCAUUACAGAAAACAAUCAAAGAGCAGCCUAACAAUACUGAGCAGAAAACCAGUGUAAUACAGACUACCAUUAUGAAGCAUAAGUCCAAUAUAGAAGAAGUGAAUUGGGAAGCACAGAAAACCAGCAAACCACAAACUAAUAACACAGUAGCUGUAAUUAACACUGCAGAGAUUAACGAACCAGUUCAGAAGAAAGGCAGCACACAUCGUCCUACCCUGGUACAUGAACCUAGCAGAGAACAACUUAGGGAAAAUACGCAGAAAACGGAUUCAGCACAUCUCAAUGGCACAGUUAGUAAAUCCAGAGCAGAACACAAUGAGAAAACUAUGAAAAUCAGCAAAACACAUCCCAAUUUGACACUACACGAUCCAGCCAUUGAAGAAAUUAAAAGGGAAAUGCAGAAGAACAAUGUAGCUUACCUUCAAAAUACAGUAUGUAAAUCUGACUCUGACCAUAUAAAUGGACAAAUACAGAAAUCUUGUAUAACAUUCAAUAAUAUCACAAAAGAUAAGGCUAGCACGGAAGACAUAAAUAAAAUAAUAAAGAAAGCUAGUCUAACACAUUUAAAUAUGACGGCACAUAAACUCAGAACUGAAGAACCAAAGACGGAAAUACAAAAAUAUAAUGUAACUCAGUCAAAACUAGCAGUAAGCAACACCAGUGUUGAUGAGGUGAAAAGCAAAAUACAAAAAAACAACAUAAUACAACCCCAACUGACAAUAGAAAGCCUUGACACUGAAAAGAGUGAUGGAGCUACACUAGAGCCUAGUAUAAUUGUCUCAGAAACAGCAAGAGAUGAAUUCAACUAUGAGCAUAUUAAUAGAAUAAUGAAUAAAACCAGUUUAACCCAGUCUAAUAUGUCAGCACAUGAACCUAGUGCUCAAGAGAUAGUUAAAGAAAUUAGAAAUAGCAAUACAACUCAACGUAAUAUAAAAAUGGACAAACCUAGCAUUGGAAAAAGUAACCAGGCAACACUGAAACCCAGCAUAAAACACUACAGCGCAACUGAUAUGCCUAACAAUGAACAGAUUAAUAGAAUGAUAAAGAAAAACAGUACUGAAGAGGCAAAUAAAGACAUACAGAAAAGCAAUAAAACACACCCAAACGUGAUAGGAGGCAAACGUGGCAUUGCAAAGAGUAAUGCAACAAAACUGGAAUCCAGCAUAACACAACCAAAUGCAAUAUUAGAUAAAUCCAGUAAAGAACAAAUAAAUAGAAUAAUGAAUAAAACAAAUUUCACAGAUUCUAAUGUGACAACACAUAAACUCAUUUUUGAAGAAAGUAAAAGGGAAAGACCGAACACCAAUACGACACUGUCUAAAAUGGAAGUGCACAAAUCCAGUAUUGAAGAGAUGAAUAGAGAAAUGCAAAAAGGAAAUAUAACAUACAAAAAUAUAACAGUAGACAAACUCAGCACUGUAAAGAGUAAUGGGACAGCACUAAAACAUGGAGUAGCACACUCUAGAACAACUGGAAAUAACAAUGAAAAAAUUAAUAAAGUGAUAAAUAAAAAAAAUGUAACAUUUUCUAAUGUAACAGCACAUGCCCCCAAUACAGAACAGAUGAAAUGGGAAAGAGUGAAAACCAAUACCACAAAGUCUAAGAUGACUAUAGACAAACCCAGUACUGAAGAGAUGACUAGGCAAAUGCUGAAAAGCAAUAUGACACACCCUAACAUCACAGACAAACUAAGCGAAGGAAAGAACAAUGGAGCAACGUUGACACCGGAAGUAGAAGACCCUGCUACUGAACAAUUCAAUGGGAUAAUAAAGAAAAACGAUUUAAGAUUUUCAAAUAUAACAGCACUUAAACCUAUAACUGAAGACAUGACUAGGAAAUUACACAAAGCCAGUAAAGGACAAUUAAAUUUAACAGGAGCGAAAUCCAGCAAUGAAGACAUGAAUAAGGAAAUGCAGAAAAACAAUAUAACACACCCUAGCACAACAGCAUAUAAACUCAGAACUGGAAAGAGUAAUGGAACAACACUACAGCCUAGCAUAGCAACAGAUAAACCUAGCACUGAACAAGUUAAUAGUAAAAUACAGAAAAGUACUGUAACACUUUCUAAUAUAACAUUAGAUGGAUCGCGUGCAGAGAGGGUGAAUAGCAAAACACAGAAAACCAGUAUACAGCAGUCAGACAGGCAAGUGUAUAAACCCAAAUUUGAACUGAUUAAUGAGAUAGCAAUGAAACCAAGUGGGAAACAAUCUAACUUAACGUUAUAUGAAUCAAAUGUUAAACUGACAGGUGGGACAGUGAAGGAGAUCAACAUGUUAGACAUUAACAGUACAAUACUUAAUUACACUACACAACAGCUUAAAGAGGGAAUACAAGCAAGCAAGGGGGCACUUCUUAACCUGACAGUAUCUAGCGAUUCUAUAAAUAAGACUGUUAGUUACACCAAGAAAUCUAAUGUGACGUACAACAAGACUCUCUUUAACUCCAGCAUUUUCCUCUCCAGUAGAGGUGUACAGCAAACGUCAACUCCAUUUCCUACAAUCACAGAAAAGAAAUCCAAUGCAUCACAUAUUAUUGACAUAACACAUGCUGAUGUUACAAAACAGUCAUCUGAUGUAAAGAUACUGGUUAAAGAAUCCACCACAGCCCAUUACCUCAUCCUAGAACAGAGUAUGGAACAACAUCAUAUGCCCAAAAAGAAAAGCGGUAGUGCACAUGAUGACAGUGCCAAAGAAUUUCAGAUUACUGUGCAGAAAAUAAAUAAAACAUCAGUAAUCAUGGUAGCAGAAUUUAAUGAUACUACAGCAUUGUCUAACACUGAAAAUGGUACAGUACCUAAAACUAAUAUGUGGCUGAAAAACAAUGCAAUUGACAAAAACUUCACAGCAAAGAGCUCUGGUUCCAUACUGAAAAGCAAUGAACUCCCUCAAAGCACUAGAUUAGGGGCUAAUAAUACAACAUCCAGUAUAAAAGUGGGAAGUGAUACCAUAGAUUCGGCUAGCACAAAACUCAGUAAAAGCACACAUGACAGCAAAAUAGUUGUAUCACCAACUAAUGAUCCAGUUCAUAAAGCCACAAAAACUAUUGUAGCACAGAUUAACACUACAAAGCAUGCACUUAAAGUAGGAAUGAAAAGCCACAAUUCACAAGUGAAUAACACACUUCAGACCAGCAGGACAGAAGCAAAAAGUGGCAUGAUACAGACUCAGAAUGAUGCAAAAACAAGAAGUGUGGGGUCAAAAAUCACUACAGAACAUAAACUAAGUAUGAAAAUCCAAACAAGUACAUUACCAAGUAACAGUACAGCACACAAAAUCAAUUUGGCACCCACAAACAAUAUUACACACAGUAUUAAUAAGGUUCAGAAAAACAUUAUAACAGAGACAAAAAGACCAACACUAAAAACUAGUACAGCUCAAACACAAAAUCGAGUACAGGCUAAUGGCACAAUUCUGAAAGGCAGCCUGGUAAAUAUCACAAUAAGCCAUGGACACCAAAACAUAUCACAAAGAUUAUUCACCACACCCGCAGCAAGAAUGUUUAUACCUACAAAAAUCUCACAGUAUAGAAAAGUACAAACUAACAUUAGCAUCCUCAAGCCUAAAGACUCUAGAGCGACCAGCACAGAAAGCAGCAACAUCCUUCAGACAUCCUCCUCAACAACUCCUAGAGAAACAUUGUGGUCAACUCUUUUGCCCACCACAUAUACAACAGAAGAGAUCACCACUACAGAAGCUGUACAAUGUACAGUGAACUUGACCGAGACAAGGACUACACCUGAGUCAGUACAUGUGAAAUGGACCAGCCUAGGGGCAUUUUGUAACUUCAGCAUCAUCCACCAGAAUAACAGAAGCACUAGUUGUCUGCAUGUUUUAGAAGGCAAUGGUUCCUAUGAUUGUGAAGUUAAGAACUUGGAUCCUGGCACUUUUUACAACAUGAUUAUAUUCUCUGCUACUGAUGGAGAGUUUGCAAACAUAUCCAUUCAAACAGACCCAAAGGAGCCUGCGUCUUUCAAGAUUAAGAAUGAUUCGUGCACAAGUACAAGUCUGCAGGUGGUAUGGCCUCCCUCUCGAGGAUAUAUAGACUUCUACAAUGUCACACUGCUUGGCUUAGACACAAGGGAGGUUGAAAGUCAAUACCUUUCUCAAGAGUCUUUGAGGACUUCAGUUACAUUCACAAAUUUGACACCUGGAUCUCUCUAUGUAAUGAGCAUUAAAGCCGUGGCAGGAAACAAGAGCUCUGCUACACUUCAUACUAUAGGGAUAACAGUCCCUACAGCAGUGAAGAAUCUGCAAGUCAAUAGAACCCCUAGAGGUCUGAUUGCAACAUGGCAACAUCCUUAUGGGAAAGUCGAUAAAUACAGGCUAGUGCUGAGGAAUGACACCACUGUGGUACAAAAUGUGACGGUGAACAAUUCAAGCAUUGAACAUGAGUUCACUGGAUUGAUUCCUGGACAUCUUUAUAAUUUGACCAUUAUUUCACUGGUUGCAGGCCUGCAGAAUUACAGCUCUAAUCAAGCCAGGACAGCUCCAGCUACAGUUUCAAAUCUGAAAGUUUCCAAUAGUACAUUUGACUCUUUACAAGUCACUUGGACCAGAGCCCUUGGUGAUGUAGAUUCUUACUCUGUGACACUCUCCAGUAAAACUACUCUGCAAAAGUGGAAUUUAUCUCAAAGUGCAUCUGAAAUUUCUUUCCAAAAUUUGGUUUCUGGACAAAUUUACUUUGUGAAUGUUACAACUCAUAGUGGUGACUUGCAGAGUGAAGCUGCCACAACAGGGAGAACAGCCCCGCAGACAGUGUCUCACUUACAGCUUGUUAGCCAGCCAGGACAAGCUGCUUUGUUGCUGAAAUGGACUCCUCCUGCUGGAGAAUGGGAGCAGUAUCGUAUUGUGUUCUUCAACAAUUCAGUGGCUUUGCUGAACAUCACUGUGGAUAAACAGACCAGAGAGUAUGAGAUCAGGAGUCUAGGCCUGAUUCCUGGAAGAAGCUAUCAUUCAGCAGUUAUUGUAGAAAGUGGUGGUCUCACAAGCAUUGCAAGAUGUUCUGGGAGAACAGCUCUUCCCCCAGUCGAUAAUCUAAGCAUUAAGGACUUUAAUGAGUCUUCGAUAUCUAUAAAAUGGACAGCACCUUUAGCAGAAUGGGAUGAAUACCUCCUUACAUUGAAACAUGGGGAGCACACAAUUAGCAAAAUGAAGAUCCAGAAAGAAAUAAAGGAGCACAUUUUCAAUAGUUUAACACCUGGAAGGAGAUACACUAUAAACGUAACCACUGUCAGUGGAGGCAUUAGCAACUGGACUAUUGCAGAAUGCACAACAGUUCCUGCUGCAGCCGUCAAUCUAACUGUUACUAACCAGGGUAAAACUAACAGCCUAUAUGCCUCUUGGGCUGCCACAUUGGGUGAUGUUGAUUCCUAUCAAGUUAUUCUAUUGUACAAGAACACUGUGAUCAAAAAUGAGAGUCUCCCAGGGAACAGCAGAUCAUGCUACUUCCACUCAUUAAAGCCUGGAAAGCAGUAUGAAGUUGUGAUAACUGCCAUUAGCAGAGACAUACCAUCACGACAAACUGUGGUUAAUGGCAGAACAGUUCCGGCUGCAGUUAACCAGGUGAAUGUUAGCAAUCAGGGAAAAAGUGACAGCCUCCAUGUCACAUGGCUGCCUGCACAAGGGGAUGUGGAUUCCUACGAAGUCCUUCUUUUGCAUGACAUCAUUGUAAUAAAAAAUGAAAGUGUGCCUGGACAUAUCACAUUCUGCUACUUUCAGUCAUUGAAACCUGGAGGACACUAUGAAGUUGUGGUUACUACCAUAAGCGGGGGAAUUCUUUCUAAGCAGACUAUGGCUAAGGGAAUAACAGUUCCUUCAGCAGUAACUCAAGUGACAGUAAGCAAUAAUGGACACAAAGAUUCCCUUAGUGUCUCCUGGCAGUCUGCCACAGGGGAUGUGGAUUCAUACUUAGUGACCCUGAGAGACCGCUUCAAUGUGGUGGAUACCCAAAUGGCCCUCAAAAGCAGUAAUAAUCUUGGUUUUAAUUCUUUGGUGCCAGGCAGACUGUACAACAUUUCCAUUGCUACACGGAGUGGAGCUUAUGAGAACAGUACGUUUGUACAAGAGCGCACACGGCCCUCAAGUGUGGAGUAUCCUAUGGUCAACAACUUUGCAAGACGUGAUUACCUCAAAGUUUCCUGGCAAAGUGUCACUGGGGACUUUGACUAUUAUCAAGUAGUCAUUAAAAACAGCAGUGACAUUAUUCACACUGUCAAUGUAUCUAAAUCCCAAAAAGAGUGUGAAUUCUAUUCACUGGUGCCCGGAAGGCUGUAUUUCAUAACUGUUAUUACAAAAAGUGGGAGGUAUGAAGCAAGCCAGACUACUAGUGGCCGGACAUUUCCUGCUCAAGUGGAAAAGCUGACUGUUGCAAAUAGGACCACAGAUUACCUGCUUGUAAAAUGGCAGCCAGCACCUGGUGACGUUGACCACUAUGAAAUCCAGCUCCUGUUCAAUGACAUGAAGGUGCUUCCACAUAUGACUCUGAGCAACACAAUUCAAGAAUACCAUUUCACCUCCCUUGUCCCAGGAAGGCUGUACAAGAUUGUUGUGACAUCCUUCAGUGGGGAGCAGCAGAUGACUGCAUUUAUUGAGGGACGCACAGUUCCAAGCACAGUAAAUAAUAUCCACGUUACCAACAAUGGGGAUACGAAGAGUCUGAAAGUGAACUGGACUCCUGCUAGUGGAGAUGUGGACAGCUACACUGUAACAAUUUCUCAGGAAAGAAAACAAAUUGCUGAACAGACCAUUUCCAAGCACAUUAAUGAUUUUAGUUUUAAUUUGUUAGAGGCAGGCCAGAUUUACCUUAUCACUGUUCAGACCAAUAGCGGAGGUUUAAGCAAUAGACGGACAGCUAGCGGAAGGACUGUUCCCUCCCCAAUUAUGGACCUGAAAGUGGAAAACAUGAAUACAAGUUAUAGCCUGGCAGUGAGAUGGAAGGCUGCUAUAGGAGUGGCAGAGAAUUACAAUCUGCAGUUACUAACUGAACAAGGUGGUCUCAUCACUAAUGUAUCUGAGCCUGCCACAACCUUGUAUUCCCAAUUCACUAAUCUGAUGCAAGGGACAAAAUAUCGUAUACGAGUGAUGACUGUUAGUGGAGGACUAUACAGUAAAGGUGUGGAGGGUGAAGGAAGGACAAUCCCAGCAUCAGUUAGUAACUUGAAAGUCAUUGGAAAUAGCACUGACAGCUUGACAUUCAGAUGGACAGCUCCUGAGGGGGACUUUCAGGCAUAUGAAAUAUUUCUCUACAAUCCAGAUGAAUCUCUUCACAGCCAAAAAAAAGAACCUGCUAGUCUUAAGGAAUAUUCUUUCCAAGGGCUACUUCCAGGAAGGAGGUAUCAAAUGAUUAUUAUGACAUGCAGUGGACAUUUUACCAAUCAGUCUUCAUUGUAUGCAAGAACUGUUCCAGCUCCAGUGACAGCUUUACAAGCCAUAAACCACAACAGCAUUAGCAGCCUCUGGUUCACAUGGGAGAAGGCAAUUGGAGAUGUUUCUGGUUAUCAGAUUUCUCUUUACAACCCUGACCACAGUCUGAAAGACAGCCGUCAAGAGAAGCCAGAUGCUAAAGGGUGCCGCUUUGAUGGACUUGUUCCUGGGAGGCCAUAUACUAUUGUUAUUGCAACUAAGAGUGGAGACCUUUCCAACAGUGUAACAGCAGAGGGAACAACAGCCCCUCGUCCUCCUAAGUCAGUAGCAUUUACUGAUGUUGCAAACACAUCUGUGGUGAUCACUUGGUCUGCUCCUGAAGACACAGAUUACAAUGACUUUGAGUUGAAGUGGUGGCCACAUGACCAGCUGUCUGUGCAUAACCCCUACUCAAGCAACAGAGCAGAAAGCCGUAUUUUGCAUGGCCUUCAUCCAGGUCGUCUCUACAACUUCAGUGUGCGCACAGUCAGCAGGAGCACAGUAAGGGACUCCAUGAAUGCUUUCAGUCAACCUAUCUUCAAAAUCAUCCGAACAAAACCAGAUCCCAUUCAUCAUCUUCACUGCUGGCCUCAGAACUCAACUGCCAUUUCCUGCUCAUGGAAUCACCCAGAAUCUGACUACAGUGGUUUUAACAUUGAGUGUUAUCAGGACUCCAGAGAACUUAUCUACUCACGUAUAACUGGAAAAGAGAGUAAUAGCCACAAUAUUGUCAAGCUAGAGCCACAUAAACGCUAUAUUGUCUCCAUCAAAGUCAUAUCUGAUGAAAUGACCAGUGAAGGUUUAGAAGAGAGCAUUAUCACUAUGAUAGACAGGCCACCUCCUCCUUCACUCAAUAUGCGAGUGCAGGCUCAUGACAGAGUGGCAGGGAUUACCAAAUCUGCAAUCUUUUUUAAAUUCAACUGCAGCUGGUUUAGUGACAUCAAUGGAGCUGUGAAAUAUUUCACUGUAGUUGUGGCUGAGUCUAAUGAAAAGGAGCAUUUCCGGCCAGAACACCAGCACCCUUUGCCUUCAUACAAGGAGUACAUGCUCAACAGUUCCAUUAAAGCUUACCAGACUGAUUACUUUCCCAGCAAAUGCACGGAAAAUCCAGACAACAGCAACCAAAGCUUUGAAAUAAAUGUUGGGGCUGGAAUGCAGACCUUGGGAGGAAAAUGUGAAGGGGGUGAGCUGAAAUUCUGUGAUGGUCCUCUAAAGUCCAGUACUGCCUACAGAAUUAGCAUCAGAGCAUUCACACAACUAAGUAAAGAAGAACAGAAGACUUUUACCCGGACUCUGUUUUCAGACACCAUUUUCUCUGAACCAAUAAUAACAAAGUCAGAGCCACUGCGUGGAGUUUUAGAAGGAAUUGGUGCUGGCAUGUUCCUUAUUUUAAUGCUGAUUUUAGUAACGGCAUUGCUGAUCUGUCGUCAAAAAGCUAGGAAAGUGAAUGUACAAGAGAGGCCAAUUGCCAGAAUGAGUGCUCGACGAGAGAGGCCCGUAUCUGUUAGCUUACAUUUGGGAAUAAAGAGCAGUCGGCGAAUCUCCAGUCCAAUUAAAAUUGAGGAGUUUGAUAUUCAUUUCACCAAACUUCAGGCAGAUUCAAAUUAUCUUCUCUCAGAAGAAUAUGAGGAUCUUAAAGAUGUUGGACGAAACCAGCCUCUAGACACAGCACUUUUGCCUGAGAACCGAGGGAAAAACCGAUACAACAAUAUACUGCCAUAUGAUUCCACUAGGGUCAAGCUAUCAUACAUUGAUGAUGAUCCAUGUUCAGACUACAUUAAUGCCAGCUAUGUACCAGGUAAUAACUUUCGGCGAGAAUAUAUUGCCACACAGGGUCCUCUGCCAGGUACAAAAGAUGACUUUUGGAAAAUGGUCUGGGAACAAAAUGUGCACAAUAUCGUUAUGGUGACCCAGUGUAUAGAAAAAGGACGGGUGAAGUGUGAUCAUUAUUGGCCUUUUGAUCAGGAUCCUCUUUAUUAUGGAGACCUUAUUGUUCAGAUGUUAUCAGAAUCAGUUUUACCAGAGUGGACCAUUCGGGAGUUCAAAAUUUGUAAUGAGGAUCAAGUAACUUAUAGCAGGGUUGUACGCCAGUUUCAUUACACUGUCUGGCCAGAUCAUGGAGUUCCAGAAACAACUCAAUCUCUGAUCCAGUUUGUGCGAACUGUAAGGGAUUUUAUUAAUAGAACCCCUGGGUCUGGAGGGACAGUAGUGCACUGCAGUGCUGGUGUUGGUAGGACAGGCACAUUUAUUGCCUUAGACAGAGUGUUGCAGCAGCUGGACACCAAAGACACAGUGGAUAUUUAUGGAACAGUCUUUGAUCUGAGGCUUCACAGGGCCCAUAUGGUGCAGACAGAGUGUCAAUAUGCCUACUUACACCAGUGCAUCAGAGAUGUUUUGAGAGCACGUAAACUUCGGAAUGAGCAGGAAAAUCCACUCUACCCCAUCUAUGAAAAUGUUACUCCUGAAUACCACCGAGACAUGAUAUAUUCAAGACGCUGAAGAACAAAAUGGGAUCCUCUUCAGAAAGAAACAACCAGCUACAUCCAUUCAGGCAGAAUUUUCACUAUAGGAGUACUACAGAGAAUUAAGAUAAUUCAUUUAAAGAGACUAUAUAUUAUUUAAAUACUAUUGUUUAUCAAGAGUCAUGUAAAUAGCUAUUUUUCAUAUUAAUUAUCACAUAUUCUGUUUACUGUAAGAAAUAAGCUAUCUUCAUAUUUUGCACAUAAUUGUUAGAACUCCCUCAUGAUUUUUUAAAUGUUAAUGUUUCUUCAACUAAAUGAAAAUACAUAUUUGAGUUAAGCUAUGUGGACAUCCUAUAUGAGGCAAAUGAACUGUGAACUUAGAAUUCAGAAGAAGAAAGAAAUGAUUACACUCAACAUAAAUCAGUCAGUCUUUUACAGCUCAUGCCACAAGAAGACAGUUCAGAACAAUAAAAGAGCAAAGUUUAUUACUAGGAAUUACAAAUCCAUGAUAUCCAUACCAUAUGUAAACCCAGCUUGAUCAAACAAUGAAACAAUAAUGUUCCCAGAUCAAAAAUACAUUUUGAUGUCCAACAUCUAAGACAAUAUUUAGCAUACGGAGAACCAUAAAGUAAUAUCUCCACAGACGUCUAUUCAUUUCUUAGCAUAUCUAGCACUGCUAAAUGAUACCUCGAUAUAGUUCUCCUUUCUUUGUCCUUCCAGCAGAGCAUCAGAAUGUCCCCAAUGCUGUUUUACAACACCUAUUCAUUGUUACAGCCAUUAUUCUUUGCUUUAUCUUCUGUUAUCUCACAUUAACACGUUUUGCUUCACUCCUGCUUCUGUUUUCUAUCCAUGCAGUUCUUCGGCCAUCCUGAGUGCCAGUCUAAUUCUUAGUCUUUUAUGUCAAACCGUAGUGUGGCCCACAACUCCUCUUGUGAAAUGCUUCAGUUAUCUGCCCCCUAAGCUCUGUCAUUUUUCUUUCCUAGUACCAAACUGUUCCUAACUUCAGCCAUUCUUCAAGUAUGUCCUCGAGGUGGAGCAUAUGACCUUGGUCCUGUGAAAUAUUAUCUUGUGGAUCAAAAUUAAUAUCCUGCAUGUUUGUAUUUUAACUACACCAUGAUAAUGAUUACUAUAACAUUGUCUGCUCAAUAAGAAUAAAUUGAAUUAAAAAUAUAAAGUAAUAGUAAAUAUAUACAUUAAAAAGACAAAAACAUUUGAAAUAAUGUCCCAUAGUUAAGUUAUUGUGUCUAAAUUCGUUUUUUUCCUGAGAGGGCCCACCCCAAACACACACCAUUUACCAGUUGGGAUGGAAUGCCUAAAAUCAAUAUUAUCCCCCUUAUUGUCUUCUGGGUGUUCUGCUGAAGUCUUCCAAACAAACAGAAAUGAUUGUCCUCCUCUAAAGUCGCAAAUGGAAGCAGUCACAGUCCACAAUGUGCAAAGUGUAUUAGUGGUCUGGACCACAGGACAUGUGAUAAAGGGGAAUGAAGCACACUUGUUCAACAGAAAUACCCCAAUGAAAUAUUUCACAAAUGUAGAACAGUUAUAGUUGAUUUUUGUACAGUGCUCUUCACUGAGCUUCAGGCCAUAACAAGUUCAGAGUCAAUAUGGCUUGACGUACUUUACAAAUUCCUAAUUAAGGAAUGCAGCCGCAUAAAGACACAGAUUAGUUUAAAGGCACAGUAACACCAAGCAGUCCCAAACUGAUUAACAGCAAUGAAUCCUGAAAAUAUCCGUCCAUUGACGUUACCACUGAGCUACGGCCGGUUGAUUUUUGAUUGUGCUCAGGACAAGGCAGGGCUUCUUAUACGUUUCUAGAUCAGGGGAAAUGUUUCACCAAAAUCUCAUUAUUUCAUUGACAAAGUUGUUCAUUUUGAGAACUGCUUAGGGCCAUAUUGAUCUCAUUGUCAGUGUGCAUAUGGAUGUUCAUGAUGACAAUUAAACACAGAAAUCAAUAUCAAUAUGGGUUACUUCACCAUUAGAAAAAGCAAGAUUGCAAUGUUAACUGCAAAACAUUUCAUUUGUCCUUAAUGUCAGUGUUCUAAGAAUUAUGUUAAUUUAAAAACUGUGUCAUUUGAAGCAGAUUCUUGUUCUGUCCCUUUAUAUUUAUGAGCGAGAAAGAGAUUAUUCUAUUCGAUUAUAUUGGCUUAUGUAUUUGUGGGUAACAUCUUUUCAACAUAAUAAAUUAUAUACAUUAUACAAACAGUUAUAAUAUUAUUUUAUACAUUAUGAAGAUAAACACAUGUGAAUGAGCAAAAAAUAGGUCUGUUCAGCCUGUGGCCUAAAGCCUGCUUCACCCUUCGACAGCUCAUUCAGGUCUGAGGUGUAAAUGUUGGUCCAGGGUGACUGGUACACAAACAAUGAGACCUUGAAAGAAUACUACAGAAAAGUACUUUAAGAAGAGCCGACAAUACGCCUAAAUGUAGCAUACAUGUCAUUUUUUUUUUAUUUUGCUGAAGAUAAAAAAGAAUCAAAGCCACGCUUGGAUAAACAUUUGGGCAUUUGCAACAGGCUGUAAUAAUAAAACAAAUGGAGAAAAGGGCAUCAGACCAAAUGUACGUGAAUGUGUGCGCAGCCAUGAAGCAACGUGUUCAGCAUCCAGUUUGGCUUGGGUUGUGUCUUUGGAUGUAACGUUGGACUGACUUCCAGUAUACAUGUUAUGGACCAGUUAGGAAUCAUCGCAAGUGUUUCCUAAUGUAGCAACCUAUGUAUGUUACAUAAUAAAAGUUAUCAUCUCUGUUUAUACUGUAUGUUCUAUGAAUAUUUUCAAAUAAAGAUUAAUAUAAAACUGGCA